AUUUCUAAUAUAAAUAAAAAUGAAGUUAGGUUUUAACUUACCUCCCCUUAAAACUCCUCAAAUUUGUACUGAUACUUCCUUCACAAGAGAUAAGAAGGGCUCCUCCUUUAGAAGCCAGCUCUACAGCACUGGGGAUAUCAGUCCUGGCUUAGCCAAAGAAGAUAGUGGUAAUGACUUCGUGAGCCAAAACAUGCAGGUCUCGGGAGUGGUCGUGGAGCUUCCCGAUGAAUCCUAUAGCAUCGAUCAAAUUUCAGAAGAAGUUCAAGAUGAUAGUAAAGAAGUUCCACCCUCUGCCUUCAAAGAAGAGGUUGGUAACAGGAAGGAGAGAUCACGCAAGAAAUGAGUCAUCAGAGAGAUAUCUCCUACAGAAGUUAAAUCUGCUCUAGCUCCUAGGCACAAAAAUAACCCUAACGAGAUAGAAGAUUUUUCAGCCCUGUUUAAUAAGUCUUUUAUGGGAUUAUCACUUGACUCAGUCUCUGAAGUUGAGAGUGCCAAGGAAGGAACUGUCUUUGCAGACAACUUUGCCUGUGAUAUCAGUAGAAAGACCAUAGUAUGCCCUGACACUCACUUGUCAGUCCAGAACUACAAACUCAAGACUAAUCCUAGUAAAGCAUCCUUUUAACUUUUAAACAACUUAUUAUUAAAGAGACUACCUUCAGCUUGUAUAUUUCUCACUUAAUUG